AUGUACCCAUUAUUUGCUUUUGGGCAUAUAAUUCCAUUUAUUCAUCUAGCCAACAAACUAGCCGAGAAAGGUCACCGGGUAACUUUCUUGCUUCCCAAGAAAGCUAAGAAACAACUCGAACCUCUCAACCUGUCCCCGGACAGAAUUGUCUUCGACCCUCUUACUCUUCCUCCUGUUGACGGUCUCCCUGAUGGCGCAGAGACAACCGCGGAUAUCAAAACCCCUACUGGGAAUGUCAUUUCCGAUGCCAUGGAUCUCUUACGCGGUGACAUCGAAGCAAAGGUUCGAUCUUUGAAACCAGACCUCAUCUUCUUCGAUUUUACUGAUUGGGUUCCAGAGAUGGCAAGAGAGUUGGGAGUCAAGAGUGUGAGUUACCAGAUCGUGUCCGCAGCUUGUCUAGCUAUGGCUCUUGCACCUGGUGCUGAACUUGAGUCCCCUACGCCGUCGGAUUAUCCUUCCUCGAAAGUGGCGUUACGUGGAUACGACGCUAACAUUUAUUCUAAAACCAUAAACUCCCACAAAACGUUUUUGCGUCGGAUCAACACAGGUCUUAAGAACUGCGACGUCAUUUCGGUACGGACAUGCGCGGAAGUCGAGGGUAAGUAUUGCAGUUUCGUCGAGAGAAAAUGUCAGAGAAAAGUUUACCUAACCGGUCCAAUGUUCCCUGAGCCGCAAGAAAAGAGUGCUAAACAACUAGAAGAUCAAUGGUAUCAAUGGUUGGACAGAUUUGAACGUGGCUCGGUUGUGUUUUGUACGUUUGGCACCCAAUUCUAUUUCGACAAGGAGCAAUUCCAAGAACUCUGUUUAGGAAUGGAGCAAACCGGUUUACCGUUUUUAGUAGCGGUUAAGCCGCCAAAAGGCUCAUCAACGAUUCAAGAAGCAUUACCAGAAGGGUUCGAAGAGCGGGUUAGAGGGCGUGGAGUCGUUUGGGGAGAAUGGGUGGACCAACCUUUGAUAUUGUCCCAUCAAUCAGUAGGUUGCUUUGUGAACCACUGUGGAUCCGGUUCAUUGUGGGAAUCUUUGUUUAGUGAUUGUCAGAUUGUGUUUAUUCCGCAAGCGGCUGAUUGUGUUCUCACCACAAGAUUGUUGAGUGAUGAGCUUCAAGUCUCUGUAACCGUGCAAAGAGAAGACUCUGGAUCGUUCUCGAAAGAGAGUUUAAGAGAUGCUGUUAAAUCUGUGAUGGAUAAAGACAGUGAGAUUGGGAAUCUAGUGAAGAGGAAUCAUAAGACAUUGAAAGAGACUUUGGUUAGUCCUGGAUUGUUGAGUGGUUAUGCUGAUAAGUUUGUUGAAGCAUUGGAGAAUGAAGUCAACAACACAAAAUCGUCUUGA